AUGAGCGUCUCCGUGUUGUUUCAGGUCAGCGCUCAGGGAUUUGCACCGUUGUUGCAGUUCGCCUACACCGCUAAGCUCUUACUCAGCAGAGACAACAUCCACGAGGUCAUUCGCUGUGCACAAUUCCUGCGCAUUCACAACCUGGAAGACUCAUGCUUCCGCUUCCUGGAGGCGCAGCUGCGGGGGGAGAAUGACGCCCACCAGAAGGAGGCAGCAGAGAACGGGCCCUCAGAGGACGAGAGCAUGCAGGGGGCCGACCAGGGCAUGUCCCCUCUCGGGUCUCCGCAGCCGGACGAGGACGCGCCGUCGCCCGGAGCCUCGGACUUACCUCGCUGCCCCAAGUACAGGAAGUACCAAUGGAACUGCAACAAGCACAACCACACCUCCUCACACAGCCCCUCCCCCGAGAGGGUCCCCGAGAGUGUCCCCGAGAGUGUCCCCGAGAGUGUCCCAGGACAAACCCUGCCUCUCACUCACAUCAAGGUAGAACCACGAGCAGAUGAAGAGGGACGCUGUGGUUCAGGCGACGAGCAGGACGUCCAGGAUCUGGACGGUGUCACAACCAUGGAAAUGGACAAACCUGUGUCUGUGAACAACAGACGCUCUCCUUCUUGUCUCAGGGUCUUUUGUAAAAAAGUGGUGGAUGUUCCCAGUUUAUCAAACUCUUCCCAGGAGCUACUCACCCACAGGCCGCCGUGUUCCCAGGACAGAACAAACUCUCAGGGAGACCACCUCACAGACUUCAGGCCUUGUCCUGGGGAGCAGCCGGCCUCGCCACAGGACCCUCUGGCCUCGGGCCUGUCCUUCAAAGCCUCCUGUGACGCAGUGUUCAAACAGGAUGUAGAACUGGACCGCCGCAGUGUCAUCUUCUCCUCCGGGGCCGGCAGCCGCCCAGGGGGGCCUGUGCAUUCCUACUUAGGCGGAGGCUCUCUGGAGAUGGAGCUCUCAGAGCACUUGCCCAAAGGCCUGUGGCCGGGGGCCAGCCAGUCCCUGCCUUCCUCCCAGACACACUCCUCUUCAAGCACCACCUCUGAGCCCCCCGCCCUGUGCCGCUCUCGCCCUAACACCAGCUGUCCCGUGCCCAUCAAAGUGUGCCCACGCUCCCCGCCCUGCGAGACCCGCACUCGGACGUCCAGCUCCUGCUCGUCCUACUCCUACGCAGAGGACGGCAGUGGGGGCUCUCCCUGCAGUCUGCCUCAGUUCGAGUUCUCGUCCUCUCCCUGCUCCAACCUCACGCGCUGCCUCAGCCUCGACCCCCAGGACCAAAGCGGCCACGGAGACGCCCUCUUCGGCCAGGUUCGUCCCAAGAUCAAAUGUGAGCAGUCGUACGGAACCAACUCCAGCGACGAGUCCGGCUCCUUCUCUGAGGGCGACGGUCCAGAGCGGGGCCCAGAGGUGAAGCUGCCAUUUCCUGUCGAUCAAAUCACAAAUCUCCCGCGGAACGACUUCCAGCUCAUGGUGAAGAUGCACAAACUGACGUCAGAGCAGCUGGAGUUCAUCCACGACGUGCGGCGCCGAAGCAAGAACCGGAUCGCUGCUCAACGCUGCCGCAAGAGGAAACUAGACUGUAUCCUGAACCUGGAGUGUGAGAUCCACAAGCUGGUGUGUGAGAAGGAGAAGCUGCUGAGUGAGAGGAACCAGCUGAAGGCCUGUAUGGGGGAACUGUGGGAGAACUUCUCGUGCCUGUCCCAGGAGGUCUGCCGGGACGUCCAGCUCAGUCCAGAGCAGGUCCAGUCCCUGCAUCACUACUGCCCCGUGGUGAGACCCAACUCCAUCUCCACCCACCACCCGCCCCCCCGCCCCUCGCCCUGUGACCCCAACCCCGGCUCCACCACCAGCAUCGACCUCACGGCCCACUCCCCGAGCCCGGACCCUCCAGACCGGGACAUGGACGGACUGGAGCGCUCUCAGACUGUCACUGUGGACUUCUGCCAAGAAAUGACCGAAAAGUGCACCACGGACGAGCCGCCGCACAGAGACGGCUCCCAGUAG